AUGGCCAAGAGACAUGGCCAUUAUCGUGCCAGAGGCACAGGAAGACGGCAAGCAGGCCGAGGGAAUUAUAAGAAAGCGAAAAACACCCGAAAGCAAACUCAAAACUCGAAGACUGGGGGCGCCAAAAAUGCCAAUUUCGUUCCCGUUGGAGGUGGCGACUUGAGCAAUAUGGAUAUGAUGGACGAUUACUAUUUUGGCCAGCACUACGGUCAACAGUCCAUGCAUGUGGGUGGUUUCAGACCUGGGAGAGACCGGAUAUCUGAGGAGGAGACACAGGAGAAACCCCUGCCAUUAAGAAGACGACCUGUGGAGUUUACUAAAGCCAAGCAAGUGUACGAUCCGUCCCACGAUCUCAUUUUAAAGCUGAGCAAUAAGGGGAAAGAACAGCAAACUAAGCGUGACUCGGAUCUUUCAGACGGCGAGACUGUUCAAAGACAAGAGGUUCAGGAGACAGUUUCGGACGAGCCCUUCGAAAUUCCAAUAGAGGUUCUUGAAUCCUCUGAAGAGAUGGAAAUUGUCGAUAAUGAAUCUGAAGAGAUACCGGUAGAAUUCAAAAGUGUGCCUCCCAGAGACUUUCCUGACGAAGAGCUGUUCUACGUCGAUGAGACGCCAUCAACUCGCAAAAACGUCAAAACCGUCCAUGUGGACGCCGCGCCCAAAAAGCUUUUGAAUAACGAGGCAAAAACUACAGAGUUCGAGCCGGUUCUCGUGAUCGGCAAAACUCAACUGAAUCUUGCCGAGGAAGAAGAUGGUUCGGCUUCCGUCUGCAUACCACACAAUUGGAAAACUCAUCCUUUCAAGUCCAAAUCUAAAGAAAAACUGGAUUUUGAAACCUUUUCGGAUGAAAGUGAAUGUUAUGAUAAUGAUUAUGAUGACUACGACGAAGUUGAUGAUCAUGAAAUUGAAACCAAUGACGAUUCAGACGACUUUGCGCGAUCACAGGACUCUCAGGAAGAUGUCAAUCCUAAAGGAUCCACAAUUCUAUCUUCCACGAUUCAAAGUUUGACCUUAAGCGAAGAGCCCGAGCCCGAGCCCCUACCCGAGCCUGAAACGAAAGAGAGUGUACCCGAAUUUGGGUUUUUAGAGGAAGAUUUUGCGCUCAACGUUUCUGAACUUGAAAUCACUAAUAUUCGCAUUGGCUCGCGAGAACAUUCUUAUUAUUUAUCAAGCUAUCGCUAUUUUGGUGACUACGAUCCGAGAUGGGUAGAUCAAGACGAUCUAGCCGAGUUUGUGACGGAGUUGGGACUGCCCGACCAUCGAGUCGAAGCUUACCUUCAGUAUGUUAUGGACUCUUUGGUGCCGAAAGAGGAAGCCGUCGAUGCGCUAGAGGCGUCGAUCGCCAGAGAAGCAGCCGUCUUGGCCAGUGAGACCGAAAGCGCGGAGGAAGAUGUUAGUGACAAGGCCUACGCUAUCAGUGAUGACGAUGACGAUAGCUUGGGAGAAGACUUGGAUGAUUUAGUGGCCUACAGUAUGAAAUAUGAAGCUGUAAGAAACAAAGUUUACGACACAAAGAGCUUACAGACUAGUGGAAAAGGCGCCAAAAAGAAGCUUUUGCUCAGUGAACAGUUGGACUUGGACUCAGAUGUGAAAAGUAAGUUACAGGACAAAUUUACUACUCGUAACGAUAACAAACGGAUAAAGAGGCAGACAAAGGAGGAUUAUAUCUCGUUGCAAAACAGCACAUCCGAAGAUUUGACUUUAAAGUACCCAUAUGGGUUUCAUGUGGAAAAUAUUAAAGACGAAUUCGACGCCUUCCUGGCAUGUAACAGGCCAACGAUGUCGUUCCCCCCAUUUGAUCCGCAUGGAAAUAAAACUGUCAUGAGUUUUGCAGAUGCUUAUUACAUGAAAGGUAAGAAAAUGGGUAAGGCCGGAAAAACAUUCGUUAUGGUCGAAAAGGUCAAGAGGACGAAAUGGGCUCUGCCGAACUAUAACUAUGUUGGCCAAUUACUUAACCGAAGACGAAUUUUCAUGCGUAUCGAUGUCCGAAGACCACGCGAAGAGCAUCAAAUCUUCGAUAAGAUGGGCUCAGGGAAGGCCAAGUUCCAAGUUAAAGAGGGUGAAAUCGUUGGCGAAGAUGCGCCAGAGAUUGGCACGGACAAUAUAGGACGCCGCAUGCUAGAAAAAUUGGGCUGGUCCAGCGGACAAGGUUUAGGUGCUCAUGGUAAUCAGGGUAUAAGUGAGCCGAUUUUUGCCAAGGUAAAGAAAAGCAAGUCGGGUUUACGUCACAGCUGA